CUUAUCUGAGUGAGGAACAGAAGAACCAGCGAGUUGCAAGCAGUACGUUUACACACACACAGCUCUAUGUAUUUAACACACAGGCGCGCACAGAGGUAGAGCUACACAGACACAAUAGCCGCACCGGUGGGAAGCACAGCAGCUCAUAAAUCUGCUCAGGUCCGCGGAGCACAUCCAAACCCCAGGCACUGACUGACUAGCGCUCCAGCCUCACUGUCUUUCUUUUCACCUGGUUUAUCAUCAAAAGCCCGACGAAACGCGAAAGAAAGAUUCAUGAAGAGCGGACGCUUUUUGGUGGAGUGGGCGAGUUUGUUUAAACAGGAUUUAGACUUGAGAAGACACACGCUUUAUCUGCCCGGCUGUACAAUUUAACACGGAAAUUGAGUGCGAGGGUCUGGAUUUAAGGUGUUUCUGUUAAAAAGAAAAAAACAAAAUCCCCCAAAAGAUGGGUCAAGCGCCGAAGUGGUGCUGGGAUCUUGUCUUGUCGCUGGUGUUAUUUCUAGGGGUUCUACUGCCCUUUUCGAGAACUCUGAUGUACACCAACCACUGGGCUGUGAGGAUAACCGGAGACAGUGAAGAGGCCAAUGCAAUAGCAAGUAAAUACGGAUACAGAAACUUGGGACAGAUUGGGUCCUUGAAAGACUACUACCACUUUUACCACAGUAGGACAAUGAAACGAUCAACAAUCUCUAGUAGAGGAACUCAUAGCUUCAUUUCAUUGGAACCAAAGGUGGAAUGGAUACAGCAGCAGGUGGUAAAACGACGAAUAAAGAGAGAUUUUAAAGCUGGAGCUCCUCAGUAUCCUUACUUCAAUGAUCCUAAAUGGUCAAGCAUGUGGUACAUACACUGCAAUGACGAUACUCAUCACUGCCAAUCAGAUAUGAACAUAGUAGGUGCUUGGCGGAGGGGCUAUACAGGUCGAAAUGUUGUGGUAACAAUUCUGGAUGAUGGCAUUGAGAGGAACCACCCUGACUUGCAACAGAAUUAUGAUCAAAUGGCUAGCUUUGAUGUCAAUGGAAAUGACUGGGAUCCCAUGCCUCGCUAUGAUGCCAGCAAUGAGAACAAGCAUGGGACCCGAUGUGCAGGAGAAGUAGCUGCUGUUGCAAACAAUUCGCAUUGCACGAUAGGAGUUGCUUACAAUGCCAAGAUUGGAGGUGUUCGCAUGCUGGAUGGUGAUGUGACAGAUAUGGUGGAAGCAAAGUCUCUCAGUUUGAGCCCUCAGCACAUUGACAUCUACAGUGCCAGCUGGGGACCAGAUGAUGAUGGAAAGACUGUGGAUGGCCCAGCAUCCCUUGCAAUACGGGCCUUUGAGAAUGGCAUCAGACAAGGCCGUGGAGGUUUGGGUUCUAUAUAUGUGUGGGCAUCUGGUAAUGGUGGCCGUAGCCGAGAUCACUGUUCCUGCGAUGGUUAUACCAAUAGCAUCUAUACAAUCUCCAUUAGUAGUACGGCUGAGAGUGGGAAGAAGCCUUGGUACUUGGAGGAAUGUUCAUCAACCCUUGCUACUACUUAUAGCAGUGGAGAGUCUUAUGAUAGAAAAAUAAUCACAACUGACCUCCGGCAGCGAUGUACUGACAGUCACACAGGAACAUCUGCUUCAGCACCAAUGGCUGCUGGGAUUAUUGCACUGGCACUGGAAGCAAACCCUUACCUGAAUUGGAGGGACGUGCAGCAUAUCAUUGUAAGAACAUCACGCUCUGGCCAUCUGAACGCUCCAGACUGGAAGAGCAAUGCUGCUGGAUACAGAGUGAGCCACUUAUAUGGAUUUGGAUUAAUGGAUGCAGAAGCUAUGGUGAAAGAAGCAGAACGUUGGAAAUCAGUCCCACCCCAACAUAGCUGUGUGGAGAACCCAGACAAACAAAGCAGAACUAUCCGUCCUGAACAUCAUGUAAGAGCAGUCUACAAAGCCACUGGCUGUUUAGACAAUGCAAACCACCGUGUGAUUUACCUGGAACACGUUGUUGUCCGAGUUACUAUUUCUCACCCUCGACGAGGUGACCUGGCAAUAUACCUGACCUCUCCAUCUGGAACAAAGUCUCAGCUCUUGUCUAACAGGUUGUUUGAUCAUUCCAUGGAAGGGUUUAAAAGUUGGGAAUUCAUGACUACUCAUUGCUGGGGUGAAAAAGCAGCAGGUGACUGGAUCCUUGAAAUUCAUGACAGUCCUUCGCAACUCCGAAACUUCAAAACACCAGGUAAACUGAAGGAAUGGUCUCUUGUACUUCAUGGCACAUCAAUCCAUCCAUACACUUCUUUCUAUACAAGGUUAGAUCAACUAAAGGUGCGAUCCAGUCCAAGGGAAGAUGUCUCUGAUGACUAUGCAGAUGAGUACACCGGACCCUGUCACACUGAAUGUAUUAAUGGUUGUGAUGGACCUGGGCCUCAACAAUGCAUUGAUUGUUUGCAUUACUUCCUCAAGUUUAAAAACAACACAAGAACUUGUGUUCCUGAAUGUCCAAAUGGAUUCUUUGGUGAUGAGAAGAAACGUUGUAAAAAGUGCUGGUCAAUCUGUGAUGCAUGUGUAGGAAGCCGGAGUGACCAAUGCACAGCCUGUAAAACUGGCUACCACUUAAAUGAAGAGACUAAUGUCUGCAUACCUAACUGCUCAGAUAGUUUCUACCUCGAUAAACGUGAUAAUAUGUGUAGAAGAUGUAGUGAGAACUGCAGGAAAUGUAGUGCAUUACACCACUGUACAGAUUGCAAACCAGGCUGGAGGCUGCAAGGACCAAAGUGUGUUUUCAGUUGUGAUGCUGGAACUUACUUUAAUUCUAUGAGCAGGGAGUGUGAGAAAUGUCAUGUAUCCUGCGCAACAUGUGCAGGUCCAGGCCAAGAGUCCUGUACACAGUGUGCUGCAGCUUACUACCUGGAGGAAUGGAGAUGUGUGCUGAGUUGCAGUCUUGGCUACUAUAUAGAUCAGACAUCUGAAAAUGGUGAAAAAACAUGCAGGAGGUGUGAUGCAAGCUGUUUAACUUGUGCCGGCCAGGGAGAAAGAAACUGCAGUACCUGUCCAAGUGGGUAUAAUCUCGAGGGGGGAGUCUGUGUGGUUGGUACCGUUUGUAAAGAUGCAACGGAAGAAUCGUGGGCCGAGGGAAGUUUCUGCGUCCUGGUGAAAAAGAACAGCCUUUGCCAACGAAAAGUGCUUCAACAACUGUGUUGCAGAACAUGUUCACUUAAAGGUUGAACAGAUGACCACAGGGUUUCCCCCUCCUUUGCUCCUGUAUGCACACAUGUAAAUUCUUUUAAUAUUAAAAAAUAGAAAGCCACCCUUUCUCCUCCUCCAAGCAGGUGGGGAACUGUGUGACAGAACUUUUAUUGGUGAAGCAAUUACAACAGACCUACCUUUCACUUCAGGUGUUUACUGUCUGACAUCUGGAAUAACUAACUUGUCAGUAUUUUACUUUUAUGACCAAAGCGUGUAAUGCCAAACUUUCUAUUUGAAAUGAGAUGUAUGAUUUUCUCUCCAUCUCCCACUGUCAAACCCUCCCACCCACUCUUCAAACUCCAUCCCAAUAGCCCCAAGUUGAGGAUUUGCUUUUCGGAAGGAUUUUCUUUCCUGGUUAUUUUUGUACAAUAUUGAAAAGUUUACAUGAUUCCCAAAUUGGCAGGUUAGUAAAUGAAUUGGUGUUUACAUUUUAAAAAUAGAUACUUAGAGAAAUUCAGACCCCACCAGACACUCAAAUAUCAAUAUUGGGUGAUUCCAGUUUAGUAUGGACAGGUAUGUAGGUGGGAAAUUAUAUACAUCUUUCUAGCUGGGGAACAACAAACUGCUAAUCUGCAUGUUCAUAUUAAACCUCUUCUGCAAAAAUAACUUGUAAAGUUCAUUCUAUUUAAACUUUUAAUCAACAUUAACUAACCACCUGAAGCUUUCAGUAUAUCGGUCCUGGCUUGUAUGAUGCUGAUGAUAAUGCUGGUGUCAGUGAUGGAAAAUGCUGACAUUCAUAUCAAUGUUCAUGGUAAUGAUUGUCAUAGAAUGUUUCAAAAAUAGAAGACAGCAGUUCAUGAAGCAAUCUCCCCUUUCAAUCUGCAGUGAGUUGUUGGCGCUCAAUAAUCAUGCCAUUAAAGCAAAACCUAGUAAUGUCUUUUUGGCUGCAAGUACUGACAAAUUAAUCUGCAUUCGACUAAUAUUCUUUGUUACACAAAGCUUGAUUUCCUUCUCUCUUGUCCAAACUUAUUUGUUUUUGCUCUGCCCUGGCGUGUUUAUCAUUUUUACUGUUUAAAUACUGACUGGAAGUUUCUAAUUUUCUGGAAUUUUAGACCAUACCGUUUUCAAUAAUUUAGGAUUACUCACACAAACCUUUUCGAUUACCAAAAUCAGCAGUAAUGGCCAUGAAAGUAUAUGCUCAAACUGUGAUUUGUACACAGAUAUGUAUCAAAAUAAACCUAGUUUUAUGUAGACCAAAAUUUGUCCAAAUUGAACCGAGAUAAGCUGAUGCAGGUAAUCGAAGUCUAACCCCAUCUUUCUGUGCAGUUAAACACCUGCACAGAAUGGUAUUUUACUGCCAGAAAGAUUGCACAUUUCAAAUUCUUUACUAAUCUUCAGUUGUCAUGCCACUCACACCUGUAUAGAUCUCUGGGCUUUAGUCUCUGUUAAUAUGGUCAAUAAAGUGGACUGAUGAGCAUGGUGAACAGGUUGUCAGACAUGUCUGCUAAGAUGGAAAAAAAAAAUCAAGUUCUCAGGUGCAUUGCGCGUAUGGCGUGGCUCGUUAGCUUUGGGCUGAAAUAAAUUCUAAAAUCGCAUGUUUGUGUGCAUUUACAAGAAAAUCUUUCACUUCAGAUUAAGACUGUAGAAAUAGGCCAGCUAAAUUUAAUGUGCAACGCAGUAUGUUGCACUAAUGGUGCUUGGAACGUAUGGUGACCUGUGUAGGUGUGACUGCAGCUCGUCUUCAGGGGAAUUUGCUCCCUUUCUAAGGCACAGGGAAAGAAAGCCCGAUAAUGAGAGCUUGGGCUUCUGAAAAUGUUAGAUCUCAUUGGCUGGUGAAGCUUAAGGUUCUACCUCGCAGCACACUCCCUUCUACCAUAGUCAAGUUUAACCUAAAACUUGGAAUGACAGCAGCAUAGGUGUUGGAAAAGCUCCUUUACCUUAAAGGGAGUUGUGUUAUCAAAAAUCUGUGGUGUACAGGACAAACUCAAGCUAAGACAAUGGAACAAACUGCUGUUUUGUAUGCUGUGGGCAUGGAGACCUCUUUGCUCAAGGGCAGCGAGAGCUUGCCUUUAUUGAUACAUGCUGUUUUUGUUGAUUUUCAAAUGUUUGUGAAAGGAUUGGUGUAUGGCAAGACUAGAAGAGGAAAUUCACAAUGAAUUUGGAAAGCAACCCUACUUUUUUUUUGUCUCUUCCCUGUUCUCCCUACUGCAGCCCUCCCAUAAAUGGUGCUGAUUUUUGAUUUGACUAAUGAUGGUGUAGUUUUCCUAAUUCAUUGCACUAAAUGUUUUCUAAUUUCUUACACUGAUGUCUGCAGUGAUUUUGAAAUUCUGCUUGGCCUAUUCCAAUUUAUUAUUACACACUCAUCACAUGUACCGUACCCAACAAAAAUCUGAGCUCUCAAGAUCCUUUUUUACCCCUUGCCACCUCCAGUGUGCAAGUAUAUUUGAUGAAACCCAUUUAACUGAACCAAGGCUUUGACAGUGCAUAAAAGAAUGUUGCUUCCCUAUGAUCCCUUACAACAAAUGUGGAGCAAGCAUAUUCCCACAUUGCACUGAGCUAUUGGUUAUCAUUGUCGGAUUAAAGGGACCCCCCACCCCCACCCCCUUAUAGCUUAUCAUUCCUUGAAGUUGAUAUUUAAUGAGAAAGAAAUGGAAAUUUUUUCUAAUUGUUCCUUUUAUUAUAUGUGCAUUAGCUCCACUAUUUAAAUACCGCCUUGGUCUCAUGGUUUUUAAUUAAAUUUUAACUUGGUCUGAUUUGUUUAAACUUAAGUAAAAUAUGUAUUCAUCAUAAUGGACAUGGAUUGUAAAGAUUUUGUCAGAUGCUAGCAAAAUGAAACACUAAUACGACAAAACAGGCGAUAAUCUAGUUUACAUUUAGCAUAGUGUCAUUGUCAUUGAAUUCAAGAUCACGUUUACUGAUGGUUACUGUACAUGUGUAAAAUGCUCAGUCAUUAUGUGUAAAAUAUUGUAGUCCUGUUGUAUUGGAUAAUGCCAAAAAUCAGUAAUUCCAUAUUUUAUUUUUGCUAUUAAAUUAACCUUAAUUUCAUAUUUCAGUCUUGGAAAAAUCUUAUUAAAAGUCUUGUUUAGAAUAUCACUGUGUGCAAAAGAGCUUUCUAUGUUUUAAAAAUAUGUAGUUUGAUAGUUUUAACUGUAAAAUGAA